AAAAAAACAUUCUGAUAGCGUCUCAUAUUUCGGAAUGUUUAAGUCGCAUUGUUUGGAAAGAUUUGACGUGUAAACAUUGAUAAGUCAUGGUGCUAACAAAGAAAUUUAUUUACGCGAAACGUGUCGAAGGUGAACCGAAAGAAACGGAUUUUAGUCUUAUUGAAUAUGACCUACCUGUUGCACUAAACAAUGGAGAGGUGUUUGUUGAAGCCAUUUAUCAUAGUGUUGACCCCUAUAUGAGGGUAGCCAUGGGUAAUCACCCAAUUGGAACGACAAUGAUUGGAGGUCAAAUUGCGAGGGUGGUGGAAUCCAGAAAUGAUUUGUAUCCAAAAGAUUCAAUAAUAUUUGGACAACUGGGAUGGCAAACGCAUUCAAUAUUCAACCCUGUUAAUAACAAAGACUCGAUUCAAACGUACGUUCUACCCUCGUUUGGCGAACUAUCCGUUUCGCUUGGGCUUGGUGCUCUCGGUAUGCCUGGGAACUGUGCAUUCUUUGGAUUUUUAACUGUUUGCAAGCCACGUCCUGGUGACGUGGUUGUGAUUACUGGAGCUGCCGGUGCGAUAGGUAGUCUAGCAGGACAAAUAGCUAAAUUGAAGGGAUGUAAAGUGAUUGGACUGGCUGGCUCGGAAGACAAGUGUAACCGUUUGAUUAAUGAGCUAAAUUUCGAUCAUGCCAUCAAUUACAAAACUCAAAAUAUUCCACAAACAUUUCAACAAAUGGCUCCCGACGGCAUCGACUGUUUUUUCGAUAAUGUUGGUGGCACGACUAGCGUGGAAAUUAUCUAUAAAAUGAGGGAAUUUGGUCGAAUCUGUGUCUGUGGUUCAAUUUCUUCCCACAAUUCAGAUGCAUCGACCGUCAGUCCGGUACGGAUUGUUCAGCCAGCUUUCGUAACUAAACAGCUGGUCAUGGAAGGUAUUCAGGCAUGGCAGUAUGCGGACAAAUGGAUGGACGGCAUUCAACAGAUGUUAGAAUGGGUUAGCGACGGUAAAAUUAAGUGCUGUGAGACUGUGACGCAUGGUUUUGAAAGUUUACCGAAAGCUUUUGUUAACAUGAUGAAAGGCGGAAAUUUUGGGAAAGCCGUUGUUAAGUCGAAAUGAGUUUUCCGAAUAAAAUCAUUCCUGUUGGAGUACA